AUGCUUUUCAAGAACAUGCUCCUGGUUGCCGCUGGACUCGCAGCCUUAGGGUCAGCAGCACCAGUUGCUGAGUCAGUUCAAGCUCAUGAAGCAGAGGUUGCAGAGCGUGACGCCAGUAUCUAUGGAACAGCCCACACUCUUAAGAUGGCUGAGGAUGAAUACACGAAGAGGGACGCUAGUCUCUAUGGCACUGCUCACACCUUGAAGAUGGCAGAAGAUGAGUAUAAAGCUUGAUGAAGGGGCUGGAUUUGCUGGAUGGUGGGUUAUGGGAGACAAAGCAG